ACCUUAUUGGUUCAUUUAUUUCAUAUUCGCCUGAUUGAAAAGUGGAGUUAGGGCUAAAACCACUGAUCACUGGAAUUUUUUUAUGCGACUUCUUCAUAUCCAACUUCUACUUCUUGAUUUCUUUACUCGUUUCCGACAACGCAAGACCUUCCACGAAACGUCGAAUAAAUCCAACAAUCAAGAUGGCCCCCAAGAAGAACAAGAAGGAUGCCAACAGCAUCAACUCGCGUCUUGCGCUUGUUAUGAAGUCUGGAAAGGUCACCCUCGGCUACAAGUCUACUCUCAAGAGCUUGCGAUCCGGCAAGGCCAAGCUUGUCAUCAUCUCCGGAAACACCCCUCCUCUCCGCAAGUCCGAGCUAGAGUACUACUCUAUGUUGUCUAAGGCCCCAGUUCACCACUUUGCUGGUACCAACAUCGAGUUGGGCACUGCCUGCGGUAAACUUUUCCGAUGCUCCACCAUGGCCGUCUUGGACGCUGGUGACUCCGAUAUCCUCAGCGACCAACAGGCUUAGAUGUAAAUAAGACAUCGGCGGACGGCGUUGGGGUCUAUUGGCUGGGGAAAAGGUCAUCAUAACUCGUUUAUUCAGGGCGAGGACCGGUUGCAUAUGCUUCAUAUUUGGAAGCACCUUUCUCGGACUCCACAUCAAGCUACCUUGAGUUUUCUAGAUAGCCGGUUAGUCCAAUGCUGAGUGUCAAUCAAGACAAAUCCAGCAUACCUGGGAAUGAAUACAUGUGAUACCCAAUAGCUCUCUUUUUAUGGUGUGCGAAGUACGUUGCAUACGUUUUGUCUAUUAUUCGGAUAGUGAGAAUCAUGGCAUAUUUGAUAGGUAACUGGGGGACAUUGUUUUAGUGAAGCCUAUCUCUCGUUGCCCACUUGCCUAGUCCUAGUCCUCUUUACAUGUCGAAACAUCCAAUAUAUUAACUCGAAUCUGAA